AUGCAAAAACAAGGAAAAUUGAAUAAUACAAUUGGUGCAAGACAUAAUGACGAUUAUGAGGAUAAUGAAAAUUCAAGCAACAAUUCCUCAAAGAUGAUUAAUAAAAACAAGAGAAAAGGAUUUAUCGUCGGUGGAAAGAAAACAACUAUUGAUAAAUUUCCCUUCGUGGUUGCUAUUUUGAAAUUUUAUUCGCACUUUUGUGGAGGAUCUUUAGUCAAAGUCAACUGGGUGCUGACCGCUGCUCAUUGUUUGGCACAGGAAAGUGUUGAAGCCUUGACGGUUUUGGCAGGAGAGACAGACGUUUCGACCAACUAUCUUACCAAAGGACAAUGGUCACCGUCGAAAUUGCUGGUGGUUCAUUUGGAAUUUAGGGAAGAUCGAGGGGUUUAUAAUGAUAUUGGAAUGAUCAAGACCAGUUCGAAUUUCGCCGAAGAUGACUACGUCCGAUUGAUAAAAUAUGCAACUCCCACAAUCACUAACAAUGCCGAAGAUUUGACCGAAUUGAGUGACACUUGCAUCGUCAUCGGUUGGGGCGACACCAGGCAACAGAGGAAGAAGAGGACAAUAUGUGGAAUUACCACUGAUAUCCAACGAGGCAUGCAGAAGGGAAAAACCUGA